UCCCUGGAUUAUUUGAGCAGAGCCCUUUUGCACACCUUGGAACACCUUUCGGCUCCUCGCUCCCCAGACACCAGACACACCUGCAGCCCUGCCCGGCCGGCUCCUCUCACCCACUGAGCCUUCCCAGAGACUGACACAUCGUCGUGUUUAGAGAGUGUGUGUUGAACUGAACCAAACUGACACCGGCGAGCUCCUUGAGGGAAAGAGGGACCCGUUCUGUGUGGACGAAACUCUGGACUCCUUGAUCGAGACCAGCAGGGUCCUUCGCUGGUCUCCUUGUCCAUUUGCCCACUUCCAAUUCUGGGAAAUCUGAGACGGACAAGGUCAUGGAGAGGGAAGGGGUGGCCUGGCUGUGGCCAAGGAAGGAAAAGAAAGGCCAAGAAAGGCAGAAGGACCUGCCCGAGGUUGCAGAGAGAGGAAGAGAAUCCUCAGAGUAAUCAAAGCGGUAACAAUAAGGACACGCUCAGAGUCUGUUGCACGCUCACACGGGCACCGUUCCAAGCCUUUCUACGCAUUAACUCGGGCACCGUGCCCAAGCCCAUCUCUGCCCACAGUUUUGUACAGAUGUAGACAGACCCAGUUAGAAACGUGCCGAGAAGAGAUACCUGUGGGCUUUCUUUCGCAUGAAUUCACUGCAGGGGGGAAUUAGGAUCCUGAUGAGGGGCCCCAAAGAAGCCCGGGAGGAGGUCUACUCAGCCCAUACCGCCCCACACGUGGAGUCCAUUUCCCCUUUGUUCCCCACCAGCUCCUUAGCGCCGCAAAACCCCUGAAUCCCCCUUGCCCCAGAUGUGACCCCAUUUCCCUGCCAAGCCUUGGAAAUUGUCCACACGCCCACCCCUCCUACCCUCUGCAUGCCCUUUCCUUCUGGCCCUCUACUUCCCUUAAACCCCACAGCUCUCCCCCGCCCCCCCCACCAGGUCUCUCCAGCAAAUCGGGACCUGCCCCUCCUUCUCUCCACAGAGCAGGAGGCGGCAGGGGCACCCUUUUGUUCCUCAAUAUUGUCACAUGGCACCUGCCAUUUCUCCCUGAUCCAGUGGGGGAGGGGAGGCGCAGAGGGGCUGACACUGUUUGACGAGAGGCCGGGCUCCUUGCUACACACCUAGGGCAACAGAGCCUCGACUUUUUUCAGCGAGGCUGACAUCACUCGGCAGGGCUGUGUUUGUUUAACCAGGGAUCAAGUCUUCUGUCCCCUACACCUCUCCCUUUCUUGCUCCCUCUUUCACCUUCCCACCCCUAAUCUAGCAUUGCAGGUGCCCUCUCCGGGGGUCCCUGGGAACCCCUUCCCUCUCCAGAGCCCUUGCCUCCUGCCACUUGGCCUCUCCCAUCCCCCCUCUCCCUCUCAGCCCACAGAACUGGCCCAGGGAUGAAGUAACCCCCCUCCUAAGCCCCACCCCACCUCAACCCUACUCUUGGAAUUAGGAAGUAGGACCGGGCCACCUCCUCACCAGGAGCUGGGGCAGCUCCCGUGGCUGCAGAUUCGCCACACGGUCUGUCAUCAUCCUGGGAAAGCCAAGGGCAUGAAGAGGCCAUCACAGCCCCUACAGAGCUCUGGAGAGGAGAGGCAGAACCCGGGAGUCCUGCCUUGUCAGCUGGGGUGUUCCGAAAGGAGUACUCUGGAGGCCACUAAGGGACGACCCCCAGAAAGCAAGAGCAGGGUUGCCCCUGGAAGGUUGGGGACCCAACGGGAGCAGCUAAGAUGGAGUCCAAGGCCCCCGUUCAACUCCCUAUACCACCUCCUGCUAAGACUCAGUCUCUUUAUCGACAAAACAAGAAGAUUAGACCGGCCUCAGGCGUAAGUUCCCUUCUAGACAAAAGUUCUGGAGUGGAGCUGGCUGCUGGGUUCCUCUUCUUUGGUGGGGUACCCAGUCGGGAUUGGGAGAGCUCCCAGAGCCUUCUAGAUUUCAACACCUUAUUUCUUGAAUGAAACAGGCAGAGUGCAGGGGACCAGGCCGAUUUUGCAUUCCAGUUAAGCAAGGGAGUUUUUCUCCUCGGUUAGCCUGUGCACGCGGGGACUCCCCUAGCAUCUGGUCCCCAUCCAUAGGAAGCCUGCCACUGGGGCAGAAACAGUCCUGAGUCAUCCCCCUCCCAGAAGGAUUUCCGCCACCACCACCCCCUUGUCUCUCUCCCUUCCCUGGAAGUGACAGCUGGGAGUAGCCAAAGCCAACACUGGUGUGCAGACUGGAGGGGCUCAGAUCAAGGGAGGUCAGCGGAGAAGAAGAGAUCCUAGGCCAGGGUGGUCAGGAAAAGCUUCAGAGAAGAGGAAGAGGAGGAGGAGGAAGAGGGCACGGCAAAGAGGCGAGGGAGGGGAGGGGAGGAGCAGGUCUUAAGGCUGGGCUGGUCUAGGGAGGCAGAGUGAGUCAGGGCAUAGCAGGAAAGGAGGAAAGUGUGGACAGAGCACAGGGGUAAAACGGGGCCAAGCCUGUCGGGGACGGGGGGGUGGUUUCCUGAAUGGUGUCAGGGGAUCUAGCCAACAAUUCUUCCAACUCCCCCAAAACAGGGCCAGAUGGUGAAAGGACGAACAUGCCAAAAUAAGGAGUUGGGGUUUGAUCCACCUGGAAAUGAGGAGGCUGAGGGUUUCUGAUAAGGGGGUGUAGGCUGCAGCCGGGGAAAUCAGUCAGAAGACUAAUGCAAUAGUCCAGGUGUGAGAUAAGAGCUGAGGGGGUGAGAGACAGGAGGGACAGUGGAAAGAAAUGGCAAUGACAUUUGGUGAACAGCUGAAGGUGGAGGCCGGGUGGGGAAAGAAAGGGCAGGGACAUAUGUGGAGGUGGCCCGGGUGACAGGGAAGAAGAUCCCACGGAGGAACUGGGGAAGUGAGGGGCGCUGGGUUAGCAGGGCUCGGUGGAAUCGGAUGUUAACCCCCUCCCCCACCCACUAGAACUUAGAACCUUUGAGAGCAGCCUGGGAAGGGGCUUCAGGGGCCCCCCCACCACCUGCCAGGGGCACGGAGGCAAGGUCUCCCACCACCCCCUCUUCCAAGGGGCUCUCCCAAAGGGCUCUCUCUCUCUUCGGGUCCAGCUCCCCUUGAACUUCUUGGCCAUUCCUUUGCAGACAGUCUGUUGGGUGGCCGGGGACAGACCCUUUCCUCUAAACCACAAGUCCUACUCCCAAGCCGGGCUGGAGCUCCGGUUCCUCUGGACGGUCAUGCUCCUUACUCAUCGGUCCCAGAGGGCCAGCCAGGGAAGACGCUGGAAAGCUAGAGCCUCGAAGCCCCUGGAGAGGGUGGGGAGGAGACGGGGGAAGGGCACCCACCUCACUGGAAGGUGGAGGGCUGGUUGUGUUUCAGUAGUCUCUCGCAAGACGAAGGAGGCACCUCCCAUCUUAAUCAUAGUAACCAUCACCGUUACCAUCUCCUGGGCGCCUGGGAAGCCCAGCCACUUCGCACACGCGGUCUCAUUUCGUCCUCACGGCAGCCACCCGGGACGGUUAUUACCCCCACUUACAGAUGAAGAAACUGAAUCUUUGAACCCAGCUCAUUCUGGUUCUAAAGCAGGUGCUGGUUUUCUUUACGCCACUCUGCCUCUUGCUUCUCCCACUGAAAUGCCUCUUGUGUCAUUGCUCUUACUCAUGUCUGCCCAUGUCUUCUCCAAAACACCAUUUAUUGAUUCGUUCCACAAGCAUUCAUUUGGUGAGGACGUACAGAGCGCCCGGCGAGGGGCUGGGCAUAGGCACUGUGGGCAGUUUCUCUCCCCAGUUCCCUCCCAGCUGGGUAUCACCCUGGGGGUUUGCCAGGCACCCCACCUUUGCUUGUAGGCUCUUUUUUGGUUUUUUUUUUUUUUUUUUUUUUAGAUUUUAUUUAUUUAUUUGAGAGAGAAAGAAAAAGAGAGAGAAAAAACAUGAGCAGAGGGGAAGGGCAGAGGGAGAAGGAGAAGGAGGCUGCCUGAUGAGCAGGGAGCCCGACGUGGGGCUCGAUCCCAGGACCCUGAGAUCAUGACCUGAGCUGAAGGCAGAGGCUCAAUUGACUGAGCCUCCCAGGUCCCUCUACUUAUACGUUCUGAUGGGCUUCAGGGUCCCAUGAGCAAAUAAAUGGAAUUCACCAGCCCAAACUUCAACAGCUUGGGUAAAAUCUUACCAAUAAUAGCAACUCACAACUCACAUUUGCCUCGGCUUUUGUACAUUUUAAACAUCCCUUUCUUGCCCAUAGCUCAUCUGUGCUCACAACCCAGUGAGAUAGAUAUGUUACUCCCAUUUUACUGACAAGGAAUCUGAGGCUUAGUGGGGUGAUGUCUGUUCCCGUUCACCAGUAAACCAGGACCGGAAGCCAGGUUUCUGGACCCUUGUUGUUGGUUUUUUUUUAAGAUUUUAUUUAUUUGACAGACAGAGAUCAAAAGUAGGCAGAGAGGCAGGCAGAGAGAGAGGAGGAAGCAGGCUCCCUGCUGAGCAGAGAGCCCGAUGCGGGGCUCGAUCCCAGGACCCUGGGACCAUGACCUGAGCCAAAAGCAGAGGCUUUAACCCACUGAGCCACCCAGGUGCCCCUCUGGACCCUUGUUAAUAUACUUUCCAUCUCUCUGCCGUGGUCUCUUCCACAAAAGUCAUUUACCAUUUACCGACAAGCCCUAUGCACCCAGGUUCUCCCAGAGGAAGCCAAGGGUUGUCCCUAGCCCCCUAAGUGGUUUCUCACUUUCAACCCCAUUUCCAAUCUUUUGUCAGACUGGCCAUGGUCACUCCACACUCCCCACCUCCUUCCCUCAAACCUGCCCUACCUCUUCCCUCUCCCUCCUGCCUCCAAGGUCCCCCCCCCCCCAGGGGGUUCUCCCAGCUGCCAGGAGCAGGGGACAAGAGGAGGGACCCGUUGUUGUAGGAAGGAUGGGGGAUGGUUCCCACAGGGAGCUCCUCUGGGCCUCAGGGGCCCCGGCACUCGGCUCUGCCCUGCUCAGCUCCUGGAACAUCAGCCGCGUUGCGCAAAAAGCGAGGAGGAGAGAAACACCAGUACACAAGGGUGGGGGAAAGGUUAGGCCCAGGAAGCCGUGGGAGAGCCAGCCAGUUCAGACCAUCCUGAUUUCCCCAAACGCGCCAUUAUCCCUCUGGGAAAACCUGUUGGUGAAGUCCUAGGUGUCUCUUUCAAGAAGGGUCCUCCUGAGGUCAUCUCAGCCAUCCUCCCCGCCCCCACCCCCCGCCUCCAGGCAGGCCAUUUUCUCGAUUUCCCCCAAGAUGACUGGCUGAACGGUAUGAGCCUUUCUGCCAGGGAAACUGAGGUCCGGGGAGAGCGCCCUGAGGCUUGUGGAGGCACCAGAGCCUGGGGCUGGGGGCGGGGGACAGGACCCACGGGCUGAUAUCCAGCGGUGACUCCUGCCUUUGAACUCCCACCUCCUCUUUGCCUGGUGUGCGGCGGGGGUGACAGUGACGUCACAGGGGUGGUGUGCCAGCCACGUGCUGGGCGCCAAGCAAAACAGCCGGGGCAAGUGUGUGCCUCAUCCGUGCCUGGGAAGGAAGGCCACCAAAAGAACUUGUCAAUGCCCCAGACAUGAGCCAGCCCAGGCCCCGCUACGUGGUAGACCGAGCUGUAUACUCUCUCACCGUCCUUGAUGAUGAGUUUGAGAAGAAGGACCGGACGUACCCACUGGGAGAGAAACUUCGCCAUGCCUUCAGAUGUUCCUCGGCCAAGACCAAAGCUGUGGUGUUUGGGCUGCUCCCUGUGCUCUCCUGGCUCCCCAAGUACAAGAUCAAAGACUACAUCAUCCCCGACCUGCUGGGUGGACUCAGUGGUGGAUCCAUCCAGGUCCCACAAGGCAUGGCAUUUGCUCUGCUGGCCAACCUUCCUGCCGUCAACGGCCUCUACUCCUCCUUCUUCCCCCUCCUCACCUACUUCUUCCUGGGGGGUAUACACCAGAUGGUGCCAGGUACCUUUGCCGUUAUCAGCAUCCUGGUGGGUAACAUCUGUCUGCAGCUGGCCCCAGAGUCGAAGUUCUGGGUCUUCGACAAUGCCACCAACAAGAGCUACGUGGACACGGCGGCCAUGGAGGCUGAGAGGCUGCACGUGUCCGCAACCCUGGCCUGCCUGACGGCCAUCAUCCAGAUGGGCCUGGGCUUCGUGCAGUUUGGUUUUGUGGCCAUCUACCUGUCCGAGUCCUUCAUCCGGGGCUUCAUGACGGCGGCCGGCCUGCAGAUCCUGAUCUCGGUGCUCAAAUACAUCUUUGGAUUGACCAUCCCUUCCUACGCAGGCCCGGGGUCCAUCAUCUUUACCUUCAUUGACAUUUGCAAAAACCUCCCCCACACCAACAUCGCCUCGCUCAUCUUCGCCCUCAUCAGUGGCGUCUUCCUGGUGCUGGUGAAGGAACUCAACGCUCGUUACAUGCACAGGAUCCGCUUCCCCAUCCCUACGGAGAUGAUCGUGGUGGUGGUGGCGACAGCUAUCUCUGGGGGCUGUAAGAUGCCCCAAAAGUAUCACAUGCAGAUCGUGGGAGAGAUCCAACAUGGGUUCCCCACUCCCGUGUUGCCUGUGGUUUCCCAGUGGAAGGACAUGAUGGGCACAGCCUUCUCGUUGGCCAUUGUGGGCUAUGUCAUCAACCUGGCCAUGGGCCGGACCCUGGCCAGCAAGCACGGCUAUGAUGUGGAUUCGAACCAGGAGAUGAUCGCCCUGGGCUGCAGCAACUUCUUUGGCUCCUUCUUUAAAAUCCACGUCAUUUGCUGUGCCCUCUCUGUCACUCUGGCUGUGGAUGGUGCUGGAGGAAAGUCCCAGGUGGCAAGCCUGUGUGUGUCCCUGGUCGUGAUGAUCACCAUGCUGGUCCUGGGGUCCUAUCUAUACCCUCUCCCCAAGUCUGUGCUGGGAGCACUGAUCGCUGUCAACCUCAAGAACUCGCUCAGGCAGCUCGCUGACCCUUACUACCUGUGGAAGAAGAGCAAGCUGGACUGUUGUGUCUGGAUGGUAAGCUUCCUAUCCUCGUUCUUCCUGAGUCUGCCGUACGGUGUGGCCGUGGGCGUCGCCUUCUCCGCCCUGGUGGUGGUCUUCCAGACUCAGUUUCGAAAUGGCUAUGCUUUGGCCCAGGUCAUGGACACUGACAUUUAUGUUAAUCCCAAGACCUAUAACAGGGUCCAGGAAAUCGAAGGGGUUAAGAUUGUCACUUACUGCUCCCCUCUCUACUUUGCCAACUCGGAGAUCUUCAGGCAAAAGGUCAUUGCCAAGACGGGUGUGGACCCCCAGAAAGUGCUGCUAGCCAAGCAAAAAUACCUCAGGAGGCAGGAGAAGGGGAGGCUGAGGCCCACACAGCAGAGGAAGUCUCUGUUUAUGAAAACCAAGACUGUCUCCCUGCAGGAGCUUCAGCAGGACUUCGAGAACGCCUCCCCGACGGACCCCAACAACAACCAGACUCCUGCUAACGGCGCCAGCGUCUCCUACAUCACCUUCAGCCCUGACAGCUCCCCAGCUGCCCACUGUGAGCCACCAGCCUCCGCUGAGACCCCCAGUGAGCCCAGUGACAUGCUGGCCAGCGUCCCACCCUUUGUCACCUUCCACACCAUCAUCCUUGAUAUGAGUGGGGUCAGCUUUGUGGACUUGAUGGGCAUCAAAACCCUGGGCAAGCUGAGCUCCACCUAUGGGAAGAUCGGUGUGAAGGUCUUCUUGGUGAACAUCCACGCCCAGGUGUACAACGACAUCAGCCACGGCGGCGUCUUUGAAGAUGGGUGUCUAGAGCGCGACCACAUCUUUCCCAGCAUACAUGAUGCUGUCCUCUUUGCCCAGGCAAACGCCAGAGAAGUGGUCCCAGGACGUGACUUCCAAGGGGCUCCAGUGGACCCGGAGCUGUCCCUAUAUGAUUUGGAGGACAGCCCCAGCUACUGGGACUUAGAGCAGGAGAUGUUUGGGAGUAUGUUUCACACGGAAACCCUGACUGCCCUGUGAGGGCCCAGCCAGCCCCCCACACUGUCUCCAGAGCACGUGGCAUCCGGGACUCCCAAGAAGAACGAGCCUGGGGUCAUGAGGAGGGGUGGGUAGAGGAGAGCACAUCCACCAGGACCUCCGCCCCUCCCUACCCUCCCCCUCCUCCUCCUCCUCUCUCCUUCCCCCGCGGGCCUCCUGGCAUCUCUAGAGCCAGCCAACCUCAGCAACAAGGAAAACCACCUCUUCACUCUCCUGCUGAUGCUCAGGGCCCUGGCCAGAAGGAGAAAGCCUACAGCUCACCCCACCGCACCCACCCAUGCCCUGCCCAAGGCAGCUGAUGGGACCCCCACUGCACCCCCGCUCCCUGGCCCAGAUUGCUGCCUUUCAGAGUGAGCCAAGAACAGAAGGGAGAAUGGGCCCCUGCUGACCUAGUGUGCAAAGGCCCUCGCGUCCCCAACAGUUUGGUGUCAGAUGGUGUCAAGUCAUCACAGGACACAGGAACGGACUUGCUUAGGACUCAAUGGCUUGCCCCGUCCUGCUGCCCCAACUCUGUCCCUGGCAGCUGUGUGCUCCUGGGACCACAUGCUCCCUGCGACCCAGGACUCGGUCUUGACUCUGCCUCCUUCCUCCUCAUCUCAAGGUUGCUGGGAGCUCCGCUGCUGUUCAGCACUUCAGACUCAAGCCUGGGGGUGGCCAGGGUCCUGGGGCCAUCAGAGCUACCUCCCCUGGGGCAGCCCACCAAUGUAGCUGUCCCCAAACAUCAUCUCUCCCUGCUGCCUUCAGGGGUUGCCCCCCUCCACUUGAGACCCGGGGGGGGGGGGGGUCCAAAAAGGACAGGUGGGUAGCCACCAAAGUCCUCUGGCAACCUAGUAACAGAUGCCAGUUAUUCUGCAUAAAAGCUCUUGGAAAUCCUUUCUUGUACUAGAGACUUGGGGGUGGGGUGUACUAGGGGCAACCAAGGGCUGGUGGGACCUGAGCCCUGAUGGUCCCCUUGACUUCACAAAUGCCUCCCCCGCUUAGGAAAUCAACUUUGUGCUUUUUCACUUGGUGAAGAGCCAAUGAUUUUAGCUCUCCCUUAUCAGCUUGGAGCCUAGAUCCUUCGGCCAGCCAGGGGAAGAAGCCCCCCCCAAGAGCCAGUGGCACCCCCCCAAGUGGGGGCAGAACACGGCAAAGGGCUGAUCCAGAUUGGGUCUUCCUCCACGGGCUUCCUUAACAGACUCAGGACCUGAAGUCAUCGUCUAGGACAAAUGAGAAGAGGGAUAUGUUCUUCAUGGAUGUGAAGGGUUAAUUGAAGAACCCUACUGUUGACUUGAAAAUAAAUAGACGGCGUGUGCAAGUAUUUGGGGAAAUUCCCAUGGAAGUGCCCAGAAAACCUUUCCGUCUUCCCUCCACUGUUUCUUCCAAGCUCCUUCAACUCAAUGACCCUGCCCAACAGGUUGGGCUGGCCCAACCUGGAAAAAAAAAGCCCCAAUUCCUAACAUCAGCCUGACCUAUGCUGUGUGUCUGUGUGUUGAGUGAGCUGGUCAGCUAGCAAGUCUUCUUAGAGUUAAAGGAGAGGGUGCUGGCAAAGAGCCAACAGAUUCUUGGCCUACAAGCAUUGCUUCUCUGUGAUUUCAUUAUGCCAUCUGGCUGCCAAUGGAACUCAAGACUUGGAAGGCAGAAGACAAUGUUAUCUGGGAUUCACCGUGCCCAGCCCCCGAAGUGCCAAAUUCCAGGAGGACAAGAACUUUAGCCAAUGACAACUCAUCUCCCUUACUCCACCUCCUUCAAAGUCCAUCUCAGGCCCAGGAGGUAGGGGGAGGUCACAGAGCCUCAAGACAUCCCGAGCAGAGGUGUCCUUUGAACCAAGUGUCCAGACAGUGGAGGUAAAAUUGGAAACACAUCUGGGAGAGGGAGGAUUUGACAAAAACCUCACUACUGGAAGACUUUGAAAAGAACCCAAGCAAAGUCAAACAGACCAUUGUCUGGACAUGACUGAGGCAGGAAAGGAGGGCAAGGUAGCGAAAUAAUCCAGAAUUUCAAUACUUUUGAAUGUUCUUCGUGAUACUGACCUGUGACGAUGGGAUCCCUGGGGAAGCCCGGGACUCGCGAUGUUUGUGUAAUUUAUUUAAUUUAAACAGCAUUCUCCUUUUGUUCAUUUUGGUAAUAAAGUGGUUUUGAAAUGUGAA